CAAACCCCUGAACAUCAGAAAGCUCCCAUCAUCAGAAGGAAACAUACAGGAAAAGUGCUUGCAUCUUUUCAUUCACAGCAACACACAUCUCUGCUUCAUAAAAAAUCAUGGCAUGUAAUGAUCACAUACAUUCAUGCAUAAAGCUACUGCUGGUGUGCGCGCUCUUGUGUGCGUCGCGCGCUUCUGCCGACAGAACCAAAACACUGGACUUCGAUGUCAAACCAGGAGGAGUUGUGCACACUUUCACCGGUAAAAUCAAAAAGUAUGAAUGCACCUUCACGUAUGCAUCUCAAGGAGGGACCAACGAGCAAUGGCAAAUGAGUGUUGGUCUCAGUGACAAAGACAAGCUGUUUUCCUGUUCAAUAUGGAGGCCCCAGGGGAAGUCUUACCUGUUUUUCACUCAGUUCAAAGCAGAGAUUAAAGGAGCCAAGAUUGAGUAUGCCGCUGCAUAUUCCCAGUCGGCUGUGGGUGGACAAAGAGAUGUCGCAUUAAAAGAAGAAGAGUACAUUGUGUCAGAGUCCACAGUGACUCAAAGAGAUGGAAAAUUCCAUUCUGAGCUCUCGAAGCUGACCGUCAUUGGUAAGACGCGUCACGACGAGCUCUGAUUGGCUGAUUACUACGAAAUGCCAAUUAACGAUUCGCUGUCAUUAGUCAAAGAAGGACUGACAAAACGUCUACAGAGAUCUAAGAGAGGCAGUGCGACGGGACUGAUAAUACAAUUUAAGUAGACAAAGUCUGUUGUUGUAGAUCAAGGAAAACACUGUAAAUUUUUUAUAUCUGUCCAAGUUAUGAAGGGUUCCUAUUCAAAUGAUUUCUGAGGUAAGUUAGCUCGUAGUUUUAUUUCUUCGGGGUUUGAGUCUCAUGCCUACCUUCUGAUCUUCUGCUGAUGGCGUUGAGCUCUCAUUGCGAAUUCCCACGAAGUCUUUGGGCUUUGUCAGAAUCCUUCGAUUUUUACUGCGGUGGAGGAAAACAGAAAGAGUUACUCUCUCGUCUUUGAUUUUGCAAUAAUGACGUAUUCUGAAAACGGUUGUACUGAUCUUUAAUAAAUCUGUUAUCAAAA